AUGCCCUUAUUAGUACCAGAGAAAUGGAAGCGGAUGACAAUGUCAUCAUCUCGGUCUAGGCCAACUACACCGAGUCCGCAGGACAGUCUCGAAGUGCCUGAGCCAGAGCCCAAGACGCCCCGAGGGCUAUCCCGAGCUCUCCGCUCUAUCAGCAACCCGUCUCUUGACUCACUCAAUAGCAGCGGGAUGCGGAGGACAAACUCGGCCCGGCGUUUGACCAAGACGUCGGCGAGCUCGUCCAUGAUCGAGAGGUUCCAGCGUCGGUAUUCCAGGGAUUUUCAGAGCAGCAUAUCCCAAAGCGAGGUCUCGGUAGGCUCUCUGGAGCCAACGUACCACACCAUGGAGGUGCUGCGAUCUGGCCAUCUGAAGACGGAUGUCACGUUACUUAAGGCUCGGUCCGAGUAUCUGGUCCUGACCGACCAGACUUUGAUCAAGUUUGGGAGCAUCGACGCUGCGCGGGUAGUGUUCCCACAGCUGGGCCCGCCUGAAGCUCGGCGUCGCAGCUUGGGAUCCCAGCAGUUGAUGGGCAGCAAGUCAGCAGUUACAGACAUCCGCUUUGAAGUACCUCUACAGUCCAUUGUUGGUGUCUUCAACGAGGAAGGGGCCAGUCCUCGCUUUGGUGUUGAGGUUUGGUGGUUCUCCCAGUGGCCUCGCCUCGGGUACUGCAAAGCCCAGCUUUUUUUCUCCCAACCGCAAGAUCGGGAUGAGUGGCUUAUUUCUAUCCAGCGGGCGUGUAGAGCAAAAAACAGGCGCUCGCCGGCGACCUCGAUGAUCCCCGAGAACCUCAAGAUUCGCAUCAACCAUAUCGUUGCGGCAAACGAGCCACAGCAGGCGACAGGAUCGACACAAAAUCUCAUCUUUCCUGUCGCCAAGCGAUACAUUUGGACGUCGCAGAAGGCCACAGCGAACGAGGAAACGCAGCUGCAGGUGGACGGGUCGUCCUUCUAUCUCGUUAUUGGCCCUUAUAUGUGCUACUUUUUGGAAGUGUUGAAAGCAGACCAUGGAACAGCACCAGGCGACCUACGGAUAAAGUCAAUCGCUUUCGGAACUGUCACUCUGACGAGAUUCAAGGCAUCAGUGCUCUCACACGAGCAGCGGUUUGUUAUGAGCUUCCGGCCUCCAUUCGGGCGCGAGACGAGACUGGACCUUGCCAGCUCCAACUAUCGACGGAUUAUCGAGGCGUUGACGAGAAUGGAUCGCAUCUUAAAACCCAUGUGGCCUCAACAUUUCCAACAGCACAUCUUCGAUAUCAGGGGCCUCCCGCCUCCCCUGCAGCUUACCUCUGGUAACGACUUGGGAGGCAUUGAGCAGAGUUUGAGGGCCUAUUGCGCAGCAUAUGGCGUAGGCAUGCCGCAGUGGAGUGUAAAUUGGGAUCAUGGGAGCCAACCAGUGUUCCGCCUCAUCCCCCCAAAAGGGGCACCGUAUACUCCUCUCCAACUCAUGGCUGUGUUUCGGUCUCUGCGAUACAAUGGAUAUUUCAAGUCAAUUUCCUUCAGGGACGUUGACUUGUCGUCACUGGCUGGUAAAAUAGACGGUAACGAGGCUAUCGUGCACACCUCCAUUAACGGUUACAAAAUCUCCGAAGAGCACUACGAGCAUUUGACCGGGGCACCAGUUCUCACACAAGAACUUCACUCGCUAGCAUUCGCGUCUGAAUCCGUCCGCAGCAUCGAUCUUACAAACGUUUUGGGUGCCCAGACCCGGGGAAAUCAACAAAGCCGCCUUCAGCCCGACUAUACGAAACUCUGCAAAACCAGCUCCGAGAUGCUGCGCCCUAUCACGCUGCUUGCCCGAGGACAACUUCAGACUUGUCAUACCAUCAACAUGUCCGGGAACCCGGUAGCCGUGGAUGAUAUUGAAGAGUUUGCGAAUGUCUUGCUUCUGGAUAAUGUCUCGUUCAGGUCGUUGAAGUUUGCGCGUUGUCGACUUGGGGAUGAAGGCCUUUCGACUUUGUGGACCGCCUUUGCUGGACAAGCCGGCUCUUUGGAGGUGAUCGAUACAUCUGAUAAUCAGGGCACGAUUAAGCCCGAAUUACUCAAAUACUCCCUUCGCCAACUCCAGUACCUUCGCAAGCUCAACAUCGCUGGCAACACUCGGCUCAACACCGGUCAGUCUCUAUUCGAGGAAGCAACCCUUCACACGUGGGAAUUGGAGGAACUUGAUCUCUCCAACAUCACGUUGAACGACGCCACUAUUGAUGUGUUGUGUGGUUACCUUGGAGCAACCGCAUCCUGGAAUCUCGAGACUCUGCGGCUUAAUCAGUGCGGCCUGAACAGCAAGCAGAUUGCCCUAAUUUUCCGGUGUAUGGGUCAGGGGCGGAGGAUGGUAGUUGAGAUUGAUGGCAAUCGAUUGGACGAGGGGAUAGAUGACCUCUGCAGCGCACUCUCCCUCAACUAUGGACCGUGGAGCCUUUCAAUUCAGAUGGUCGAGUUCAACUUGGAAACCAGCUUCGUCCAGUUAUGGAAGGCUUUGACAGUCAACAGCGUCAUCGAAUGUCUGAGCCUGGCUGGCUCGGCCACAGCUGAUGCUAUGAGCACAGCCUCAUGCAACAUCAUUGCCGAGUUCUUUUCUAAGAACGAGUCUGUAAGAUUUCUUGACAUAUCCGGCUUCGAUGCCAGACUUGAUGAGGGACAUUUGGGACGAGAGUUCUCUCACACCUUGAAAGCCAUCAAGUCGAACCAGACGAUUGAGCAUCUGAGAGUUCGCAGCCAGAUGCUUAACAUCAAUAUUGGUGAUCUUGCCGACGCGAUAUCUGGGAACAACACCCUACACACGUUAGACUGCGAGGACAAUGACUUCAAUCUAUCGAACUUCCGCCAUCUAGUAAGGCACCUGGGCGACAACUGCACCAUUCGAAAGUUCUCGGCAUUUACGCCUACGGAAUUGGAGAAUGUGGUGAACAAGGCGGUCAUGACGGCCAACUUCCCGGUCAAUCACUCUCGACGAUCAUCUUUGAUGCUGAAACUGCGAAACGACAAGCCACAAAUCAGCAACAUUGAGGGAAUACUUGCACAACAGCUCAAGGAAGAAUGGGACGCCGCAGUGGCGGAGCUCACAUUUGUGCUGGAAAGGAACCAGAAAAGUUUUCAAGAGGAAAACGGCGCCAACCUUUCUCCUUCUGAUCGUGAGGGAGACAGCAUCUUCGCAGCCUCGUUUGGUGGGCUAGCCCUGGAAGACUACGAGUCCAGCCGGAAGAGGCCACAAAGCGAAUCCGAACUAGUUAUCAGGGUCAGCGAGGGUCCUAUGUUGCCAGACAUCCAGACUACCCCAGGUGGGCAGGUGGUGAUGCCAGCACGAACAAACUCGACCGUCUCUAGCGAUGCAGCCGUGAGCCCAACAAGCGUCGCCGGCAGCUUUGCGCUUCCGGGCGAAACCCCCCCUGAUGGCGGAAGCAUCUCUGAGAAGUUGCUACCGCAGUUUGCGGGGGCGUCAGAAGAUGACCACGACAGCAGCUACACCUUUCUUGACGGGCCGCUGGGCGACAGCGACUUGGUGAUGCAGAUAUAUCGACGCCCUUGGGGUGAGACGGUGAGCUGCAUCCGCGAGGAAGACGACGGUAACUAG